CAUGCAAGGGCCACACUGAUCUAAACCAUAACAAAAAAAAAAAAAUAAUAACAAAUGGACCUGCAAUUCGACAGCGAAAACUAUUGGAAUCGUUCCUCGCGAGCAGCCUUUAGCUUCGACGAUGAGGACGAGGUGGAUCUCGCGCCGGAGCUGGCCAGCAAUGGGAUCCUGGCCGACGAUGCCAUCUCAGAGGCCAGCUUCGACAACAGCGCCACUCUGAAUCUCUCUAUCAAGUCCAUUCUGAGCGAGGAAGCUCUGAAACUGGUGCUCCAGGAGCAGGCACUGGAUGACCGUGUCUUGCCCAAGGGCGUCUCGCCGGAGGAGGAACUGAAGCUGCUGCGCCGUCAACUUCAGAGCACGCUGUACAGUCCGAAUCUGGAGGCCACGGCCCAAAAACUUUUGCAGGGCAAGACGGCGCCGUUGGAGAUGUUCAAAUCCCUGCACGAGAAGCGUCAAUUGCUGGACACCCUGCUGGCCCAAGGCGGUGGCCAUGCCGUCAUCGCGGUGCUGCUCUUCCUCAAGAGAACACUGAAUACAGUCCAAUUUCAUGGAAUUCUCAAAGAGCGACCCAAGGCUUUGGAGCAGUAUUUGAGUUACCUGAGAGAGGCCGGUGACCUGGGCAGCUAUAUAGAUCUGCUGCAGAGAUUCGGACGUCACCAGGAGGCGGCUCUCAAGCAGUUUCAGGCCGCCUUAUCUGCUGCGGAUGUGACCGCAAGAAAGCAACAGCUCCAGCGUUUGGUUGAUGCGUAUUCAACGGCGGGAGUAGGCAUUAUUCCGCUCUACGAACAGGUGUUCCAUGCCGCUCUGAAGAUGCAGCAGCUUUUGGAGAAGGACAAUGGCCUAGGCAAGCUGCUGCGGGAUGGAGCCACACCCGUCGAGGUGCUGUAUGCCUGCUGCCAGGCUAACAGCAAUUGGAAGGAGCAGGAUAUGCUGAAGCCAGUGUCGCCUCAACGCUUUGCCGCCGACCAGCAGAUCUCGCCGGCGCAGUAUGAGUGGACGGCGCUCAAUGAGCGGGCUCAGGCCCAAGCCUAUGCUGACCUGGAGUGCAUCUUUGAGCGCGUGCCCAGCUGGCAUCCCCUUAAAUCAAAGCAGUUCCACAUUAGCUUCGACCUAACGCUAGCCGUGCUCCGGCUGUACGAGCUGCAGGCUCCCUCGACUGUGCUCCAAUUGUUCCUCUCCAAGAUGGGCAACACGGUGGAGAAGCUGGCCCUGGCACAGCGGGUGAAGUGCAUCAGGGCUGUGAUCGAUGCCAUGGCCGGGCUGAAGCAGCAGCAGGAGCUGCAGCAGCUGAAGGAUUCGCUGCCGGAGAGGUCCGAGGAGCAGUUCUACUGCGAGAAUGCCCUGAAAUCGCUGCAAAGCAAGCGCUGGACCACGGACAAUAUCAAGCUCAAGCUCUAGAGGAUUCUCCGAUUAUUUAUAUAAACGUACUUUAUUGUUAAUCAUAUAUAUGUGUAUAUAAUUAUAUUAAUUCUACUCUAGUUUUAUUAAAUAAUUGCAAAUCACAAGCGGAAUAUCGAAAAAGAAAACAAAAAAUAUGUGUAUAUCCUGCAGAGCCUCCUUUUUGAUCUGUUUUGGAUUACAUUCUCGUUUUAUUUUUAUUUUUAGUUUAUUGGGUAAACAAUUAAAAAGCAGCAAACAAAGCGUUACAAAAA